GAAUGCCAAACAGUUAAAGCACCAUUCCAAGAUAUUUGAGGAGUUUUUAUUAUUUUGUAAAUCAUUUGGGUUAACUGAGCAAGCUAAAUCGGUGACUAGUUUCAAAUAUUCUUCAUAAUGGGGUAGAAAAUCCGGGCCCAAGUCAUGAAUGAACUGGGAUAAUAAUUCUAAUAAAGGUUGAAUUGAAUUUGCAUCAUUAAUUUUUAUAUGUUUCACCAAAGAUUGAAAUACUUUAUUUUGAUAGUAUAAGAGCUGAGGCAAAGUUUGGACCAAGGAUUCGAUUUCGUCUAAGAAAUCGGUGAAAUCACCACUAACAUUAACUUCUUUCCAAUGGUUUAAAGUAGUAAGGAAAUGGGAUACUUCGACAAAAUCAUGGACUCUUUUAGUCAAGUUGAGACUGGGCUCAAUUUUCAUUGAGUCCACUCGUUCACGGAAAGACGCAAACGCAUGUCUUCUCGUGGACUGGGUCUUCUUGACCUUGCUAUGCUUCAGAGACAUCGACAUGAGACCAAGAGCAAAGAGGUGGUGGUGAAUCAAGCCAAUCGGGCCAGUUCCAAGAUAUCACAAUCUCCGCAGAUAGGAUUGCAGCGGACGAGUCGUACUACGAGUAAGUUGAAGUUGCUACCGGAGGAUCCAAUUGGGAUUGAGGACGAAGAAGAGGAGGAGGAUGAAGAAGAGGAAGAGGAGGAGGAGGUGAGGAAAAGAAGAAGUAAACGACUGGGGGUUUACUCCCAAGUGAAGCGAAUCACCGAUAAGCCGGCACGGAAAGAUGCCGAGAUAUUGAGUAAGCUGCAUCGAGAUUUAUUACCCAGGGUAAGUGCAUACUGUACGUGUGGGUCGUAUAAGAUGAAGGAAUUGUUAAGAUGGCUAAAGGAGAGGAAAAGAAUACAUAAUACGAGUCCGAAGUUAUUUGAUGAAUGUUUAUAUACGCCAUUCCGGUACAAGGACUGGAGAAACGAGGAAGACGUUGAAGAAGAGAAUAACGAACGGAAGUUAAUUCGAUUAGCGGAUGAAGGAGGAGAGAUUGAUAUUGGCAAGCAAAACGAUAUAUUUAUUUUUGAGUACGGGGUGAUAAUCAUGUGGGGGUAUUCAUUAAAGGAAGAGCAAUUUUUCCUAGACAGUUUGGACAAGUUCGAAAGUGAAAAAUUACUGAAUGAAGAUAUACAAAUCGAAGAGUUCAAUUACUACAUCACCCAGCUGUACCAGCCCCGAAUAUAUAAUGAUUUCAUUACUUUGAGAGAUGAUUCGAAUUACAUGUUGAAAUUAUCGAUAAGCCAUGCUUUGGCGCAAUCGGUCAAGAUCUCCUUAUUUGAAGAAUUGGUUGAUAACACCAUCGAAGACACCCAGGACAUCCCGCAGCAAAUAGCCAUGACUGGGAAAGUCGAGAUGACGCGGGACGAGAUUAUGAAAUCGAUCGGAGAGUUAUUUAUCUUGCGAAUCAACAUCAACCUCCAUGGGUCGGUGUUGGACUCCCCGGAGCUAAUGUGGGCCGAGCCGCAUUUGGAACCCAUCUACCAAGCAACCAGGGGAUACUUGGAGAUCAACCAGCGGGUUGAGCUCUUGAACCAGCGAUUAGAGGUGAUCAGCGACCUCUUGCAAAUGUUGAAAGAGCAGUUGGGCCACUCGCACGAAGAGAGUUUGGAGUUCAUUGUGGUUGUGUUGGUGGGCAUCGAGGUCUUGGUGAGUCUAAUCAACAUCAUCGUCGAUAUACUCACCUAUUAAACCAUCCCUGGUUGCAAAAUACAACCUUCACCGCCAGUAGGCUCCGGCCGCGACACGACCCCCUUUGUCACUCACCACAAGUCGGCACCCGCCCUCGGAAGUCGUGGGGCUCAAGCAAGGAGCCAAGAGCAAUCUGAGACAACAACAAAUGUCAGACGGCAGAAAAUAGCUUACAUAAUCGAUAAAUGAAAAAAUAUAAACGAAAACAAGGGAAAAAAUAACUGGGAAACAAUCAAAAUUAAAAGUGAAACAAUCAGAAUUAAAAGUGAAACAAUUGAAAAUAAAAGUUACCCAUGAAAAUAAAAGGCAACACUGGCCAAAAAAUAUUCCUGGCCAAUAAGGAGUGCAGGCCAAAAAAUAUUCCUGGCCAAUAAGUAAGUAGUGCAGGCCAAAAAAUAUUCCUGGCCAAUAAGUAAGACAGAAAUAAAAGGUAAAAAAUAAGUAAAACAGAAAUAAAAGGU